AUGGGCCACCACACAUUGGGCACGGGAAACGGCUCUGCAUCACCACCACAACCACCACCGCCCCCACCACCAUUAGCAUCAACCCCCAGCGGCCCCGACACCCACCAUCACCACAACCACCACAACCACCACAAUCACCACCAACACCACCACAGUAGCACCGGCACCAACAACGCCGGACCCGUCCGAUCAACCCUCCUCCAACCCCGCGUCGCCGUCGCCCUCGGCGUUUCCAAAAAAUGGUACCCCGUCCUCUUCCUCUGCCGACUCGUCUCCGUAGCACCAGGCCUCCUCUUCGGUCUGCCCAACGCCCUCCGGCUGCUCGCCAUGAUUCACCUCAUGUACCUCGACCGGGUCCUGGACGGGGGUGCGUUGAGCAAACUUAGUCGAGGAGGGACGGGCUUCGGUUCUACUUUCACCACCUCACUCGGCUCUUCCUCUUCCUCCUCGUCGUCGACGACGACGUCGACAUCCGCCUACACGCCGGCGUUUGAAGCCCGGUUACGACUCACCGAGGCUUUGCUGGCUACAAUAUGGUGCUGCGCCUCAGGCUACCUCUCCUUCUUCUUCACCGACUGUCUCAUGUCCCGCUGGCUGCUGCACUACACCCCGCAAGCUACCAUCGUCCGGCUGCUCACCGUCGGCGCCAUGAACGGCUACCUGACCUCUUGGGUGCUGCACCUGACGGGCGGGUUCGAAGACCCGCGGCUGAUUUUGCCGGCGUGGAUCGUCAUUUCUACGACAUUAACCGUCCUCUACCACCUAACGCAACGCAAAAUCAACAUCCGCAAGGAAACCUCCAUGUCCAUCAGCGUCUUCUCGAUCGCAAGUUUUGUCAGCAUGGUGGCCCUACUGGUCCAGCUGCACUCCAAUCGCUCAGACUAUCCAGACGUUCCGCUCCUCAACUUUGGCCGCCGCAUGUUUCACGAAGCCGGCAGGUUGGUGAUUCGGAUUAUGGAGUAUGGUGAUAUUACGAGGGAGUUGUGA